AUGUCCUCUGCUCAUGAUGCCACGACCAAGAUCUCUUUUGAUAGAUUUGAUGGAGACAGCUACGCGACGUGUUGCCGCUACAUGCGUGGCGUGUUCCUGACCAAGUCGACGUGGCACGUGGUCAACCAGGAGACCACCCCCACCUUCGCCGAUCCUCGCGCCAGUGAUGAGUUCAUCAAGACCAACAACAUUGUGUUCGGCUUGAUGUUACUUCACGUGAGCGCGGACUAUCAUCACGUGGUUGAUGACAGCGAGGAGGCACGGGUUGCAUGGACACGGUUGAAGACCUUUUACGGCGGAUCGCAGAAGGCGGGACGGAUCUUCUUGAAGCGACAGCUGUUCAGCAUGGAGAUGGCGGAAGGCGACAAUGUCAUGUAUCAAUAUAAUGAAGUCCUCAACAUCAGAGCGAAGAUCAGCAGUAUCGGCGCCAAGACGGAGGACGAGGACGUAGCGAUCUUCUUGUGA